GACAAUAAGCUCAACAAGAAUUCAGAUUCGUAGUUAACAUCGAGGCAAUCUAAGAGUGCACUGUGGUCAUAUGGAUGAGUUCCUCUUGUAGUAGCAGUGGCGGAUUCAGGGUAGCAUCCCGGCCACGGCCCAGCCCUACUCGGGAUCCAGAGCUAGUAUAGUCCUUAUGAAUUUUUCGAUAUUAUGACAUUCGGUCCAGUGUUAUUUUAUAAUAAGAUUGUGUAUAAUUAGAAAAAUGGUUCAGAUGAACUUAUUCAAACCACUACUCUAAAUUUAGUCUAGAAGUUCUAGCCCCAAAGAUUUUCGUCUAAAAAACAUGAAACUUAAAAUUCUAAAAGUUCAAAGCGUUUGAAAAUUACUAGAGCAGUUGGUGGAUAUAGCAAUGGACACACAAUGAAAUUGAUUAGUCGAUUGAUUUGUCUACUGUUGACGCAACUGGUUUCAAUGGCUACUACAGAGAGAACUUUUUCAACAAUGAAACAUGUGAAAGCUUAUUUAAACAACAAAAUGAGCGACGAAUUUCUCGUCAAUUGCUUAACUGUUUUAUUUUGAAAGAGAGUGUGUUAUUGAUAUGAAUGUAGACUACAUUACUGAUGCAUUCGCUAAAUUUAAAGACCGUGUACAAUAGACAUUGUAAAAACACUAUCAUCAUUUUUUACGGUAUCUAAUUUUCUAAUGAAAUGCGGCCCAAUGCUCUACUUCGUUCUGGAUCUGCCGCUGUGUAGUAGACAUGAUCAAAGUGAACAUCCCCAUCGAAAGAAAAAGCAUCCGAUGAGUAGCUAUAUAAUGUUGAUGAACAUAGUCUGGAUGUGGUGGUUAGUCUACAAAAUAAGUUGCAGCACAUGAUCGCACCAUCUGAAUCUUUUCGUAUUUUUGUAAAACUAUGUGUCUAUGAUCUGAAUCUUAUUCUCCGAACCAAUUUGAGAUAUAGUCGAUCAAUUUAAUCAACUCGAAUACUGAUUCCAUCUUCACAAUCGAUUUUCAGUGCCCGUCUUAAUGAAUUGACUACCCUUCGAACGUUGCUUACAAGAUCAAAUAUAACGAGGGCGAAGAGAGUUAUAAAUAUCAACAUUGAUCUACUCUCUAAUUGUAUUUUAACCCAACAUGAACCAACAUCUACAAAAAGAUUAUCUAAAAGCCAAAUUGUCACACAGAUUUGAUAAUAUCAUAAUGAAGUACUAAUGGAAAUUAUCAAUAAAAAAACCUACGUACACACCAACCCUCUUAUAAGUCAUAUAUCAUACCCAAAAAUGAAAUGACAAAAUGCUCUAUUAUUUGUUUAAAAGAUGGAAUUAAAGGUUAUGGAAAUAAACAAGCAGUGGGAAACCACCAAUAGGAAUCGUUGAAAUACAGUGAGAUUUUGGGAAGAUGCAAUUUUCUUGGCAUCCAGGCUGUAUAUUCAUCUACCAGCUAAUAAUUACAAUACUAUAAUAUCAUUUGUCCAGCAAAAAGUCAUCGACGACAGCCCUAUAUAAAGGCCUUUGCUUUCCCUUUCAUUCAUCAACCAAAACAUCUCCCAUUCUUCACAAGAUGGGAACUAAAACCAGAAGAGCUCAUCACUUGCUUUGUGCUCUGGCAUUUUGCCUUGUAGCCGCCACCACCACUACCAAUGUGGCUGCCGAUGGCCACAACAAUAAGCCUUACAUCUAUGCUUCACUACCACCACCAUAUCAUUACAGUUCGCCUCCGCCUCCGGUGAAAUCUCCACCACCACCACCCUACCACUAUUCAUCACCUCCUCCUCCUCCUAAGAAGUCUCCUCCACCACCGUACCAUUACUCAUCCCCUCCUCCUCCUAAGAAAUCUCCACCACCACCAUAUCAUUAUAGUUCUCCCCCGCCUCCUAAGAAGUCUCCACCACCACCAUACCAUUACUCGUCCCCUCCUCCUCCUAAAAAAUCUCCACCGCCACCAUAUCAUUACAGUUCUCCCCCACCUCCUAAAAAGUCACCACCUCCACCAUAUCAUUACUCAUCCCCUCCUCCUCCUAAAAAGUCUCCACCGCCACCAUAUCAUUACAGUUCUCCUCCACCUCCUAAGAAGUCUCCGCCACCACCAUACCAUUACUCGUCCCCUCCUCCUCCUAAAAAAUCUCCACCGCCACCAUAUCAUUACAGUUCUCCCCCACCUCCUAAAAAGUCACCACCCCCACCAUAUCAUUACUCAUCCCCUCCUCCUCCUAAAAAGUCUCCACCACCACCAUACCAUUACUCUUCUCCUCCACCUCCUAAGAAAUCUCCGCCACCACCAUACCAUUACUCAUCCCCACCUCCACCGAAGAAAUCUCCACCACCACCAUACCAUUACUCAUCUCCACCUCCACCGAAGAAAUCACCCCCACCACCACCAUAUCAUUAUAGUUCUCCCCCACCUCCUAAGAAAUCUCCACCGCCACCAUACCAUUACUCAUCUCCACCUCCUCCGAAGAAGUCUCCACCGCCACCAUAUCAUUACAGUUCUCCUCCACCUCCUAAGAAAUCUCCGCCACCACCAUACCAUUACUCUUUCCCUCCUCCUCCUAAGAAGUCUCCACCACCACCAUACCAUUAUUCGUCCCCUCCUCCACCGAAGAAAUCACCACCACCACCAUAUGAUUAUAGUUCUCCCCCACCUCCAUCAUACCAUUACUCAUCCCCUCCUCCUCCAAAGAAAUCUCCACCGCCUCCAUACCAUUACUCAUCCCCUCCUCCUCCUCCUAAGAAGUCUCCACCGCCUCCAUACCAUUACACAUCCCCUCCUCCUCCUAAGAAAUCUCCUCCGCCACCCUACCAUUACAUUUCACCUCCUACCCCUGUCAAGUCUCCACCAUCUCGCUACUACUAUUCAUCACCCCCUCCUCCUUCGCACUAUUAAGAUCUAACUAUCUUCUUGAGAGGGAGAUACACGUUGACAUCUUUGGAUUUGAAUGACGAGUGACUUUCAGUUUUUGAGGAAUUAUCGUUGUUUUGUUAAGAGAAUUGUGUUUCUUUGUAAUAAAGAGUUCACGAAGAGAAUCUCCAUAUUUAAUUCGGUUCAAUAUUUGAUAUUCUAAUUAUUUUUAUGCAAACGUAAUGUAAGAAAUGAAAAUUCAAAGAAGAGAUUGAUACAAUCUCCCAAUUGCUCAUAACUUCCGGAAUGCUAUAUAUUUUUCCUUUUUCCUUUUUAUCAUAUUCUUAGAAGAAGAAUGUUUCGCCUCAUACUCUAUGAGCUAAAGAAUAAGAUGUGACAUUUGUCAUUAAGAUCGAAACGAUCUUUCUUCUAUGCUACUUUUAUUUUCGGUAAACAAUAUAAUUUCUUAAUGAAACCAUCUCCGUACGUUAUUAAUCAUUCGAAAUUGAAAAAUCUUGGUAAUGCUACGAUAAAUCAUUUAAUAAUACUAAUGAAAAAUUACCGAAAAAAACUAAAGAAAGAUAACAACUACAGUUCAUCCCAUUUCCGCAUUCAUCUUUCAUGGAUCAGAUGUAACGUAUGUGGUCAGUUUCAUUGGUGGAACUAUUUUUUAUUGUUGGCCUUUGUGUUUGGAAAUUGAGAUGUUUUUAAUUCUACACAUUUAUAGACUUUUUUGAGUAAAUGAAUGCGAAGCAUCCUUACCUUCAUUCAUUACUAAACGGGACUCAGAAAUUCCCUGAACAUCAUACUAAAUCCAGUACAUCAUAGUAUGAUCACUCGCAGGAAAAGAAUGGAAACCAAUCGACAAAGAAUGCCCUCGACUGACAAGGUAGACUGCACACUUAUUAUCCUCCUUAUAAACAUGAGAAAAAACAACCUCCUAGUCGCACCUGAUCAAGGCAUGGAGGCGAUCAGUAAUAGCAAUGUGUUGGUGGUCUGGGUUCACGUUGCUGCUGAGAAGAUGGAUGUCACAUCGGGAGUCCACUUCCACCUUCACACAUCUAUACCUCAGAUCCUAAGCCAGUUGUAGUCCCUCCAUAACGCCUCUCAACUCUGCUCGAGUGAUCGAGCAUAUCCCCAAAUUAAUUGCGGAUGAUGAAACAUUGUGUCCUCAAUGAUCUUUGAGCAAACCCCUUAAUUAGGUGGAACGGAGCCUUUAUCAUGGUGAACGGAGCCAUCAGAGUUGAGAGUUAUCCACUUGGGAGAAAGAGACUUCUAGAAGAUCAUUCCCUCUGUUCUAGUGGGCAGACACGGGUGGUGAACGAUUCGGUCCUUGUCCAUAAUAGUCCUCAUGAAAAUUAUCCAAGCCAGGACAUUUUGUAGAAAGAUUUCAACUGAGGUGACCUUGUUUGCAAAAACUUGGCCAUUUCUAUUUUGGGCCUAUGAUUUGAGUCUAUUGUAAACAAUAUUACCGUAUAGAAUUACAACUUCAUUAUUCAUACAUAUGAAGUAUUUAAUUUAUAAUUUCUUUUAUAUUGGUCGCUAAAUGAAUUUCUAAUGUUGUA